CCGCGAAUGUAAACAAACAGCCAACGGGGGGGACGAGUUGCUGUGUCAACGAUUCAACGCCCAUUUUGUCGGCUUUGGGAGACAUGAUGCGAGGCGAUCUUCAGAAGAACGUGAAGAAGAGUGUAGAUUAGAGAAGAGAAGAAGAUUAGAGAAGAGAAGAAGAUUAGAGAAGAGAAGAAGAUUAGAGAAGAGAAGAAGAUUAGAGUGAAGAUUAUGAGAAGAGCCUCUAUGACCCUGGUUCUGAGAUUGUGAGACCGUAGAGGAGCUGCUUCAGACUUCAAAGGAUCUCUACUGCGGCAGCUUUCCUGAGAUUAGCAUGCUGAAUUUUGUGUUUUGUUAUUGUUACACAACAAAGUUGCAUUGCAAGUAUAAAGAUUAAGUAACUAUAGAAAAUAAUUGUUGUCACCUAACAAGCUUAAAUUGCAAGAAAUGCAGAACAAAGGAUAAAUUUCACUUUGUGGUGAUGUGGUAUUAAUAGAUUAUCUGUAUUCUAUUUAAUGUGUGAAUGAUAUUUUGAGAAUGUCAAGUUUGAAAGAAAAAAUUUUAACAGAAGCCUGGGAAGCCUCACAGGCAACUAGUCAGUAUGGGGAUGAAUUCUGCCAGACACAAACCCAGAAACAGUGUAUAGUAAUCCAUGCAAACAGCAGACCCCACAAAUGUACGGAAUGUGGAAAAGCAUUCUCUAGAAAAUCUACACUGACUCAGCACUACAUGAUUCAUACUGGUGACAGGCCUCAUAAAUGCCAUGAGUGUGGGAAGACUUUCACAAGGAAAUUUAGCUUGACACAGCAUAUGAUGAUCCAUACAGGUUACAGAGUACACAAGUGUGUCAAAUGUGGUGAAGUGUUUCCUCAAAGAGCACACCUGAUGCAGCAUAUGGUAAUACAUUCGGGUGACAAGUUCUGUCAGUGCAAUAAAUGUGGCAACUUUGUGAUGUUAAAGUCGAACUUAGCAGAUCAAAUAUUGAUACAUACCAGUAAUGGGCUUAUUGAGUGCAAUAAAUGUGGAGAGGGGGUACCUGAAAAGGCAACCCAGACACCUGCUGUGAUUGUUUUUACUGAAACUAGACCCCAUAAAUGUAUUGAGUGUGGAAAAAUUUUCUCAAGGAAAUCCAGCUUAAAUCAGCACAAGAUGAUCCACACAGGUGACAGACCUCACAAGUGCAAUGAGUGUGGAAAAGCAUUCUCAAGAAAGUCAAGUUUGAAUCAACACCUGAUGAUUCAUACUGGUGAAACCCCCCACAAGUGCAAUGAGUGUGGAAAGGAAUUCACAAGAAAGUCCAGCUUGGUGGAACAUGGAAUGACUCAUAAAGGUGUGCUAGCGCAUAGGUGCAGUGAGUGCGGGAAAGCCUUCUCACGAAAAUCAAGCCUGAAGCAGCACAUGAUGAUACAUGCAAAUAAUGAGCUUCACAAGUGCUUAGAGUGUGGUGAACAGUUUUCCAAGAAGGGGCAGCUAAAUGAACAUAUGGCAAAGCAUAGCAUCAACAAAGAUGGUCCUGACAAAGACCUCAUCAUAGGUGUCGUAAGUAAAGAAAAUGCUGAUUACACAAAUGCAGAAGUUGUCAAUGGUUACAGUAUAAUCUACACUACUGGAAGUGGCGAGACUAGUAGUUCACGCUGGCUAAAAGUCGACCAGGAAGUGAAGGAGCAGACUGACUGGGAAAAAGCUUUUAGUAAAGGACAGUAUCAUAUAGAAUACUUCAACAAACCCGAAAUAGUGGAGACUCGACAUUGUGACGGCAAAAUGCUCUAGGUUGCUUGAAAAAUGUGAAAGGAAAUUAUAUCAUAAGAGUUGACUGUUGUUGGUAAAUAUAUGUCAGUGUGCCCUGCUGAAUUUUAGUUCUUGCAAUAUGAAGUAGAAUAGUCUUAGUUUUGUAUAUUUCUUUUAAGAUGAUUAUAUAUAACAAUAUUACCAAAUGUCUAUGUCUGUAUUUUAUUUUUGUAAAAAAACAACUUACCAUGGCUUUCUAUAGAUGUAAAUUUAUUUAAAUAUACUCAAAUUCUCUAAAAUCCUAUUUUCACUACAUGGAAGAAAUAGUUAACUAGAUAUACAAUAACUACUGAUACUCAUAA